AGCUCCGCCUUUAAAAUGCAAGCAGUCAGGGUCUUUGGCUUGGCUAAGUUACAAUCCUCAUUCUCCAGGAGAGUUUCUAGUCUAGUUGAAGUUAAAUAUGAGACAAUAGCUGGUAAAAGGGCUCAGUAUAAUGUGGCAGUAGUACAGUUGAACAAUCCUCCAGUCAACAGUCUCAGCAGAUCAUUACUCUCAGAUCUAAAUGUCACCUUAAAGAACAUCUCUAGCUCUGACCACCAUAUUCAUGGCCUUGUAAUAGCAUCAAAUGUAAAGAACAGUUUUUCAGCUGGUCUUCAACUGGAAGAGCUAGUUAAUACGGAUCGUAAUAAACUAAGCCAGUAUUGGUCCUUGAUUCAAGAUUGCUGGCAUACGUUAUUUACUUCUCAGAUCCCAACAGUAGCUGCUAUAGAUGGACACUGUUUAGCUGGUGGUGUGAUAAUUGCUGUUGCCACAGAUUACAGGAUUGCAUCUAAUGGAGACUUUGGCAUAGGAGUCACUGCGGCUAGAAUUGGAGUAAUUGCUCCACCAUUAUUUCAGGACAAUAUUAAGCACAUUAUUGGCAGCAGACAGACAGAACUAAUGCUACUGCAGGGUAAAGUAUUUACACCAGACGAGGCUUUAAAGAUAGGACUGAUUGAUGAAGUACACUGUAGCAAUGAAGACAUCAUUUCAUAUGCUUGUCGCUCUCUUAUUCCUUUUAUGGAAACUGAUGUCAGAGCUCGAACAAAUAUGAAACUUUCUCUUCGGAGCAAAAUUAUUCAGAAAAUGGAAUUAGAGAGAGAAGAACACAACGAAGCAUUUGCUGACUUUAUGUUGAGUCCACCUGUCCAGGAGAAACUAGUCUCAUUUAUUAAAACAUUAAAGAAACAAUAAAGAGAGAGAGAGAGAGAGGAGGAGAGGGAGAGGAUUAAACACAUUCUGUUUUCAUAAUGAUUAUGUUAAAAAUUCAAUCAAUUGUUUGAUAUUAUGGAUCCUCUUAUUACUAAUCAAA